UAGUUUAAACAGAGACUUCUCACGCUCUUGGCGAAAGGAGUGCAUAUUAUUCAGCAUGCUGCCAAGUAAUUUUUUUAUACAAGAUCAUCGGGCACUGCUUGUAACUUUGCGCCAAGACGUCCGACGUAUGUGACUUGCGGUGCUGUUUGGUUUCCUGCUCGUGUUUGCUCCUGGUGAGCACCAUUUAUAUGGCCUGCGUAGCCUCCCUACAUGCCACUGUGUCUUAUCCAUCUCCACGCCACCCAGCUCCCUCCCUGAAUACAAGAUUCCCUCCCUUUCACGGACACACGACCCUCCAAAUACGCCUUCUUCCUUCCUCGUAUCCUCAGAAAAAGCCCGCCCAUUAAUCCCUGGCAACCUCCUUCUGCUAUCCUCCCUUCCCUCCGACUCUCCCAAUUACGUAAUCCACAAGCAUGGACGCAGGCAUGAUUAAGCGCUGGAUGGCAGACAACUUUUGGCCGCCGCACGACCGCCCCUUGCAGGCGCUCUGGAUCCCUGUUUUCUUUGCAUGGCUCUGCUACUCGGUGCCUUUGCGCCAGUUUAGCAACCACCGGUUCUGGCUCAUCAGCCGCACAAACGCAUUUCUCCCCAUCAUUGGCUGGCUGCUAUUCGUGCCCAUUGCCAUCAUCCACCGCGACGAAUCAGUAGCUCUGGUGAGCGGGCCGACCGUCAAGGUAAUUGCGUGCACCGUGCCUCUGUUUGCCCGUGUCGUGGCAGCGCUGUGCGUUCCCUAUGGAUAUCUUUUGCUCGACGACGAUAUGGAGAGGCUGGCGUCCUGGCGGGCAUUCCUGCGGCAACGGAUCCGGAAUCCGAUCGCUGCCGCCGCAGUGUGGGGGCUGGCGUCGGUUCCGUUGACUAUUUUGAUGCUGAUUCUGCCGCUGUUUACUACUAUCCGCGUAUGCAGGAAACAGACCGAGCCGGGAGCAACUGAGAACACGUGGGACCUGCCGAUAAUGCUAGGAGUGCUGGCGCUCGUAGUCACUGUGGUGAGCAUCGCAAUUGGAUUCCAUAUCUCGUACUUAAAACGCAACAAGCUGCAUAAAGACGUGGAUGGUGCUGACGAGGAGUUUGAGAUCGGUUCCAUUGGACAGACUCUGUCGAACGGCGAGUACCAAGUGGUAUCGAGGCGAUCGGCUGAUCGUCAGGCGUGAAAGAGCGGGUUUCCCAAAAGAAACGGCAAUGGGUACCUCUAAAAAAAUUUACAGAUUCGUUUUCCUUU